AUGGCAACAUCUGCAUGGAAAAAAGACAGUCAGAAAGUUAGAAUUCUCACCAGCCCCAGUUCCUCUCAAACUCUGGCCAGAGUGCCAGGGGGCCAAAAAAAGUAUGCCUCGAUCAGUGCCAAAUAUAAAGGUCCAGGACCUGGGAAAUAUGGCCGACAGCCUUGCACUGGUAUUAAGAACCACGACUUCACCAAGUAUACUGAGCCAGCUUAUACCAUCCGUGUGAAGUCCAGCCCAAAAACAAUCAUGGUGGUGGAAAGCCCUGGGCCAUGUUACUAUGUGGAUCCUAGCCUUUCCCGUGUAGGGAUAUGGAGACCAGCGUCAUUCUUCAUGCAACAGCGAGGAAAGAGUACAAAUGUCGUUUCAACUCCUGCUCCGAAUGAGUAUCACGUGGAGAAGGUGCAUCCCACUGACGAACCAAAUACACCAGCGUAUACCAUAGGUGAGCGAACACCCUAUUGGCUGAACAGCCCAAAUCCAAGUCCCAACAAAUAUACUCUCCCUGGGACUCUGGGUCCCAGGUUACCCAAUAAAACAGCAGCUCCCUACCUAUCGAUGACUUCCUGCGCACCUGGACGAGACUAUAUGCUGAGAAAAGGGCCUGGCCCAGCUGCCUAUACUAUCCCAGAGCCAGAUGUUUACUUGCAACACCAACCUUCCUAUACAAUAUCUCAAAGGUUCAUUCCUUCCACCAAGGAGCAUACACCAGGGCCACCAGACUACAAUGCAGAACAGGUCACCGUCCACAAACCCAGAGCCCCACGCUUCAGUCUGGGUGUUCGCCACUCCGAAUAUGCCCACGGCACGCCCACAGUUUGUCUCAUCAAAGAAUGA